GAAUUUGGCAAGAAAAUUAAUUUCGUCGCAAACUUUUCCCUAGCCCGAUGACCUCUAUUCUCUUCCAUCUUCACAUACCGUUGGCAGCGGCGGCGCAGCUCUUCCGCGGCGACGAUUUCCGUCAGAGCCCUAAUCUCGCUUCUCUCGUUCUUGUUCCACUCAUGCCGUCUGCCGCCGCUGGCGUUCCGAAAUAUCCAAAGGUUUUAGCGGUCGACUACUGUCCUCCGAGCCUCGGGGAUCUAGUCUCAGUUCCCAUUCUCCGCAGUUCGCAGGCGCAUUACUCUGUGGGUCGUGGUUACGUGGCUGUGCGAGCUCCAGCAGUUGGCCUGUUUUCUCUUAAGUCCUAUUUUUCGCGUGAAUUUCUGGCGAAGCCAACGUGCUGCUAGGCUUUAACUGCUGUCUGCUCCUGUCCAAUCUAGUAUAUUGCUCUAUCGACAAAUCAUCAAUUGGUAGUGAUGAUGAUGAGUAUUGGCAGAAGAAGGAUCUAUGAACUCUCCUUGCGGUCGAGUCCUGCUACUUCUGCCAACUUCUUGCGAAAUCCUUUCCCUGGCAUUGUGUAUUCAUCGACUAAUGAUGAUUCUACACAACUACUUUUCUUUCAUUCAACCCUUGUUGGCAAUGUUAGAGGGAUUACCUGUGGUAUUUUAGAGACUUCAACUUUUAAAAUUCAGCAACGGGAACAUGGUGCAUCUUUCUCUAAUACUGCCAUAACAUUUUUGUCAUCAGUGGCAAAUAAAGAUGAUGUUCAAACUACAGAAACGGUAGAGGAGUUAUAUAAAAAAAUACUCAUGUCUAUUGAAGCUCGGACUAUGUCUCCAAAUGCUUGGUUAUGGUCUCUAAUAAGUAAAUGUUCAACCAGAGAUGAUAUAAAGCUUCUCUUGGAUGCAUUACACAAACUUCGUAUAUUCAGGUUAUCCAACCUUCGGAUACACUCAAAUUUCAAUUGUCAUCUUUGUAUGAAGGUGUCUGAGGCAUGCGCUCGUGCAAAUGCCCUUGAUUAUGGGUUAAAGACUUUAUGGAAGCACAAUAUCUACGGUUUAUCUCCAAGUAUCGGUUCUGCUCAUUAUUUACUGUCAUAUGCCAAGGAGCACAAUGACGAUCAGCUUAUGGUAAAGAUUAUGCGGAUUCUAGAAAGGAACUCAUUGCCACUUCAAGCAGGUACAGCAGACAAAGUAUUCAGCAUCUGUUACAACACAAAUAAUUGGGCUCUUAUCUCCAAGUAUGCAACAAAGUUUAUCAGUGCUAGGGUAAGACUUCGCCCAUCAACAUUUGAUAUUUGGAUGGAAUUUGCUGCAAAAAUUGGAGAUGCUCAAUCUAUUUGGAAAAUUGAGAAGCUGAGAGCAAAAUCUUGGAAAGAACCAACAGUUUUGAGUGGGCUUUCCUGUGCUAUGGGAUAUCUACUUGAACAUAACCCAGAGACUGCUGCUGCUACCAUUCAUCUCCUUUACCAGAAUCUGCCAGAAACGAAGAAGCCACAAGUAGCAGAGGAACUGCAUAAACUGGUUAGUCAAUGGCCAUUGGACAUUAUAAAGAUUCAAAACAAGGAAAACAAACAGGCACUAGCUGAAUCCUUAAACAGAGACAUCCCUGCGAUGCUCAACUCCUUAAUAAGUUUUGGGCUUGAUGUUCCUGUGGAUGCAAACAAACUCAACCCACUGGAAACAUGAGUUACAAUCUCGGAUCGACUUUGGUGCUUGCAAUUAAACUGGAGAAACCCAUCUACAUCCAUAGCUCCUAGUGCUAAUCAGAGCUUUCAAUUUUAGAUUUUAAUGCAUGCAAAUGAAAAUAAUUUUGUAGCUCCGCGUGUUGCGUUGGUGGUGACAUCCAAGGGCCCCGGGCCUAAUAUUGAUAUCUUUAUUGUCAUGGCUUCUCAAUCCCCCAAUUAUUUGAGCACAAGCAUUUUGUUGGAUA